AUGCUGGGCGAGGGGAGUAAAAAGAUCAAAAACUCUUUUCAUCUUCUUCAGGUGAACAGUGUCUCUGUGGAGGGGAAGACGCAUUCAGAGGUGGUCGGCGCCAUUAAAGCGGGCGGAGACGUGACCCGGCUGCUGGUGGUGGACCCCGACACCGACGCCUUCUUCAAGAGAUGCAGGGUGACUCCCACCUCUGAGCACUUAACUGGUCCACUUCCAGAGCCAGUUGUUAAUGGAAAAGCAGAAGAGAAGGUGAAUGGCAGAGUACUCACAGAGAGAGAGAGGAACUCGAAGCUCUCAGUCAGUCCUUCUCCGUCCAACGCGUCGUCCAACGCUUCACUCACAACCCCGUCUGCACACACCCCACCUGAGGGUCUGGUCACAAAUGCCAUCCCAGCUCUCAACCUCACGCUGCAGCAGGUCAAAGAGCUCACCCACCAGAAACGCUCCAACAAGAGAGCACCACCAAUGGACUGGACCAAGAAAAACGAGCUCUUCAGCAACCUAUAGGACACCUGCGUUCACCCAAAGCCACACUUUUAAUUUUAGAAAAUCUUUCCUAGAGAGGUCAGAGAGAAGUAUUUUAUUAUGACGAUGUUCUAAAGAUAAACGCAUCAUAGAAAGUUAAUGCUGUUCUAUAAAAUAUAGCAUUCCUCUAGGUAUUAUUCCUCACGUUAUUAUAAACCGUAUAUAAUGCUGUUUAUUUUUAUGUGCUUCUAACCAGAAGAAAUAAAUAUGCCAAUGAAACAGAGAUUUAUAUUCUGGUCAGGUUGGAGUAGACAGAUUUCUCUUUCUGUUUUGAUUUCUGAGUGUGUGUCUGACCAAGUGUGUGUGUUGGGCACAUGAGGAAGUGUGAAGGAGUUGCAGCUUUUAACACUGAACUUUUUAUUGUCAAAACAACCACAUGACUACCGCCUGACAAUCAGUCAAUUAAUAUAAAGUUUUUUCUUAGUUACUCCUAUGUCUUUCAGUUCUGAAGUGAAAGAUGGAUUCCCAAAAAAAAAAAAUCACUGAAAGAGUUUAUUGAUUUCCCCUAGAAUCUACUUUCUAACUGUGUAUCCUUUUUAUGCUUAAACCCCAUUUGGUAUUUUAUAAAUAAUUAAAUCACCUCUGUCCAACUUCCACAUCCCUACUGAAGAAAAGCACAGCAUGAUGCUGCCACCAUGUUUUCAUGCGUUCAUUUUCAGCUACGUGUAAAAUUCAAAACCUUAGAGAAAUGCUCUGUAACACGAUACAUCAUCAUUUGUAUUGACUCAUCUGGAGUCGAUAGAAAAUCAACAUUUUGUAUUGCAACUAAAAACAGAUAUUUUAUUUUCACCUGUCUCUCAGGGUUUCCAUGGUUUGUCCUUCUUGUCAUUUUUGAGUUCAUAUUUCAUUUUAACCAAAAUCCCUAUUAGAUAUCCUUAAUUAUCCAAUAAAAUAAGCAUUGCUGCUUUGUUAUAAAAUUGUUUUGAUGUGGUUCAGCUUUUUUGGGGGGGGACAGCUUAAAACUGGAAAUAACUAUAUUUUAAUUUGCAUUAUUGUUUAAUAUAUGUAUGUAUAUAUUUCUUUUAUUGUAUAUGUUUUUAGGCUUAUGACUGAAAUUCCACUGAUUUUUAACCAGCCGUAAACAAAUGUGUACUUUACUGAGCGUGUGAGCCAUGUUGGAAACCUUUACCGCCCCCUUGUGGCCAUCGCUGUAAUUGCUUUUGGCUCAAAUAAAUGCUAGAGGUUUUUGUUUCUUCGGGAGAAAGGAAAAUGUGAGGUGUGUGUUAAAAACUGUAAAACUGUGUCAUUUCAAACACCAUCUGGGCUUUCUGUCGCUCAGUAGAUUUCAUCAGUAGUAGUAACUGCUGUCGAGAAGCGUGGAGACAAAAACCGAAUCGAUGGAAAGCUUUUUGUACUUUGUGGAAGCAAUAAGGAUUUUCAGAUCUGUAGUGUGUCUGUCAUGAUAGCAAUAUUGUGUUAUCUGAGGAUAAAUAAAAAAUAUUCUCAAAUCUAUGUUUUGAGAAUUUUCUGGACCCCAUAGAGUUUCUUACAGAAGUUUUUAAACUCACACUGUCGCAUUACAACACUAAGUGCAGCAUAUUUAUGUUUCACAUAACAUAAAUAUUUCCGAAUAAAAAUCUGAAAAGUG